AUGGCUGGCAAGACUGUGGCUACUGAAAGCGCCAUACCGUCUGAAUUCCACCCAGUCACACCAGAGUACAGCAACUCCGUUGGAUCUUGGAUGAAACCCUGGACAUGUAACAGGAUAACUAUCCAAGGGCGGUCCAAGACUGGCGGCGACGUCGAGACUCUCAGGUGGGGUGACGAGAGUUUGACCUUGAUCGUGAAUAGGACAGGGCAUGACGGAACGCUACUUCCAGAGCUGAAAGCGUUGGGCGUCGAUGGGGGAUCUCGCAGAACUGGAAUAUCAGUCGUUCAUCACCGCAGGCAGGCAUUUGCGGGAGAUGCUGUCUCUGCUCUCAUGAUGAUCACGCUCCAGGACCUCAUCUUGCAUAUAUGGGGGGCGGGGGGGCAUAGGCUUCAUCCAGCGAAACUUGCACCCUUUUCAAUGAUAAACUGUCCAAGUGGGAGAACAGACGGGGUAAAUCGCAACGCCUUCCGAAAGAAAGACGUUGUGGACCCCGUAGCGGAGCUGACAGAAGGAUCCGCGAGACCUGCGUCCUGGGUCUACAGGGCUAGGCGACAGCAGACUGGGUCGCGUAGGAGGUGGAAGCCCAGGAUGAAAACAGAAUAUGAGGGCCAUGACAAGGGCGUGCGUGGGAGUGGAGGGAGACAUCAGAGAUGA